AUGGAAUCAAAUUCAAAUUGUCUUAGCAUAAAUAUAUGGGAGCGUGUUCAAUGUCUUUCAAGACUAUCAAAGAUCCUGCGCAAUGUUAAAAAGAUUGAGUUGACUGAUUUGAGGAAGAUAAAAUCAGUAUUUGUCCUAUCUAUUGCUCCAAGAAUGUUGUUGGAAGUUUUGAUAAUCAAGAAAUGUGAUCAAUUGAAACACAUAAUAAUAGACACCGGAGAUCAUGAUAGUAUGGGUGCAAAUAACUUUGGCAAUGUCUUCCCAAAAUUAAAAGAGCUCGCUGUUGUUGGUUGCGUGCAAUUAGAGUACAUAUUUGGACACUAUACUAAUGAUCAUCAAAACCAUACUAAAAAGCAUCUUUGUCUUUUGUCAUUGGAGUAUCUCAAUCUUCAUGAUCUACCAAGUUUAGUUUCCAUUUGUUCCAAACAAUAUCAUACAACAUUGCCACUUUUGAAAGAACUUAUACUAUCGGCUGCUAAUAUAAAAUCCAUCGGUGGUUUCAUUCCUCAUUAUUCGAGAUCUGUCAAUUGUACAACCAUGAAGGAAUUGAGUGAGAGCAUGGAGGAUUUGCAUGCUUUGAAAAUACUUGAGUUAACAAACUCCAAUAUAGAAAAUAUAUUUUGUGUCAAUGAAGUAAAUGAACAGAAAAUGAACUUAGGAUUGCAAAAUAUUAAGCUGGAAAGUUUGAAUGUGAUGGUGAGUCCUUUUGCGGGUCCCAAAAAUUUUGUCUCCCUUCUGAAUCUAACGAAGAUAAGAAUUUUUGGAUGUCAAAAAUUGCAAAUAAUUUUCUCUGCUUCUAUUUUGAGAUGUCUACCACAAUUGGAUGAGAUGACGAUAAGUGACUGUGAGGAGUUGAAACAUAUCUUCGAAGAUGAUUUGGAGAAUCAAAAUAUGUCCGAUUCAUCGUCUUCAACAACAUGCUUCCCAAAGCUACAAGUACUUUUUGUAGAAAAGUGCAACAAAUUGAAAUCUGUGUUUCCAGUCGCCAUUUGUAACGAACUUCCUGAGUUAAUGUUUUUAAGCAUAAGUGAAGCAAAAGAGUUAGAGGAAAUAUUUAAAAGUAGUGAAGGUGUGGGAAUUGAGAAAGUCAAGAUUCCAAAUUUGAAACUGGUAGCUACUUUGGGUCUACCGAGCCUCUUCCAGACACAAGAAAUUCAAUUUCAGGCGGUAGAACAUCGUUUUAUAAAGGGUUGUGAUAAACUCUCUUUGACUUCAACGUUAACAUCAACAACACCCUGGUCGCACCUAAGAAAUAUUUUUGAUGUUAUUCUAGAUUUUGAAAGCAGCGAUCAUUUGGAGAACCUAUUUGAAGUUUCAAGUGAAAAAUUCAGAAUAUACCAAGAGAAAGAAAGUUAUGAACGGCACAUGAAAUGGGAAGAAGAGUCCAAAGAUGAGUUGACUUUUCCACAGAUAAAAAUAAAACAAACACAGGAGACAGGCCAAGAAUUUGUUGAAAAUGUUGUUGGUCUAGUGACACCAUCAGUGGCAAUACUACCAACAAAUUCAGAAGCGUCGAUGAAUGAACAAUCAGUGCAUCAACAAUGUCCACUUGAAGAAACUAAUGCUAGUGUCACACAUUCACAGUUGGAAGUUUCAAUGUCUGAAAAAGCUGUAGGAGCAAAGAAUGAGUCAUAUAUACAAUUAGUUGCUCCUAAACAAAAGGCACCACUGAAUGAACAAAUAGUGGAUCAAAAAAGUUCACUUGAAGAAACUUAUGCUACUGUCAGAGCUUCAGAGAUAAAUAAAGAUAUCGAGAUGAGUGUUGAAGGAGGAACUUUAUCAAGCAAUGCUAAGAAAUUAACACCUUCAACUUCUCAGUGUGAAAAACAAUAUUCUCAUGAAUAUGGAAAUGGCCAAACAGCCCCACAAUCUUUUUCAAUUUCUACAAAAGAGCCAUUUGCCCUGGAAUUUGUUGAUCGUGGAGCAAAACUGGAAACAAAUCAGAUUAAAAAUCUAGGGGACACUUCUCAAAUAGUAGAAGAUUUAGGUUAUCCUUUGCUUGUCCGGAGGGAGCUUGAGCAACUAGUCUCCAAGAAGCAUUUGAAUGACGAAAUCUUGUCUCUAUUAACUGAUUUCCUUGUGAAGCAUCCGUCUAAUUUUUUAAUGGAUGCUUUACUGACUAAUAGAUUCAAGGGUUAUGCCUACACCUGCCUUGCAGAUUUGUUGAAAUUCCUCCAAACACAUAGUCUGUUGGAUGUUUUAGGUUCAAGUCAUUCUGAAUUUGUUGACUUAGUACAAGUUGUGCGCAAUUUUCCUUUUAACAAGGAUUGGUUGGAUGGUGUUGAAAAACGCGUUUUGCUUCCUGAUUUUCAAUUCUCUUUAGAUGCGAUGCAAAAACUAUUGGAUUCUAAGAAAAAGGUUAUCAAGGAAGUUGAAGAGACGCGUUUGAAAAUAUAUUUUUUCAAUCAACAUGCAGAAGAUAUUAAGCAUCAGUUGACAUCCUCUUUGAUAUCCUCUGAAGCUGUUUUGGCCAAUAUCAUUCAACAAGAGCAACAACUUUUAGAAACUACGACCGCUCUAAGUGUUCCUCUUGGCUAUUAG